CCAAAAACAAUGAAAACCCCUCUCCAGUGAGCUAGGCGGGUUGUUGGCGAACCCGUCAGUAUUACCGGCUUCCCUCUCCAAGCUGCACAGAGAAGGGUACGAAGGGCAAGAGGAGGCAGGAGCUGAGCUGUGAGAGGCGGAAGAGAAAGUGUCUACCCAAGGGGACACAGGAGAAAUAACAAAUUAAUAAUAGUGGAACAAAUAGAUAAACAACAAACAUCUCAGGAGCUCUUAGUAAGUGCCAAGUCUCGUCCUGGAGGCUUUCGGGUCCAUUAUCCCAUUAGUUCCUCCCAGCAGCGCUCAGGUGGAUAUUAUAAUUAUUAUCCCUUUAUCCCUACUCCCCACAGGACAUCUAAGGCUCAGGAAGAUUAUUCACCUGCCCAAAGUCGUGACAUGAACUUGCCCAUAACUUCAAAGGCCUUGUCCCUCAUCACAUGUGCGCGCAUGACCCCCCACACACACACACACACACUGAACUCAAAGGUCACUGGACACCCAAAGCCCGGAUUUCCUAGCCUUCAUGGUGAGACCAGUUGGGGUGUGAGCCAGCCUGGAAUGGACAAGGUGACACACUGAGUCCCAGCGCAGGGCAGGAGAGUCCCGCCCGAUGCCUAGAGUGCCAGGCCCUGGAGCUGACCAGGCUCUUCGUGGCACCAUAAAGCACAGGCGGGCGGGAGAAGAACGCUGUUUUAUGGGGGCGGCCAGGCAGCCCUGGCUGCUUUGAUUCCGAACUGCAAGCUCGUAAACGCCGGGGCGGAGGGUGCGCGCCUUCUUCACGAUAUAAGGCUGAGCACCGGCGUUGGGGUCCAGAUUGGCCCUGUAUCACCUGCACAUCAUGUCCUGCUUCUCCUCCCGCCUCGGAGCCUUCAGCUGCGCCUCGGCCUGUGGCCCCAGGCCUGGCCGCUGCUGCAUCUCCGCAGCUCCCUACAGGGGUAUCUCCUGCUACCGUGGACUCUCAGGGGGCUUUGGCAGUCUCAGCGUCUGUGGUUUCUUCCGCUCUGGCUCCUGUGGACGCAGCUUUGGAUACCGUUCUGGAGGCGUCUGUGGUCCCACACCCCCCUGCAUCACCAGCGUCUCUGUCAAUGAGAGCCUGCUCACUCCUCUCAACCUGGAGAUCGACCCCAAUGCUCAGUGCGUGAAGCAUGAGGAGAAGGAACAGAUCAAGUGCCUCAACAGCAAGUUCGCAGCCUUCAUCGACAAGGUGCGCUUCCUGGAGCAGCAGAACAAGCUGCUGGAGACCAAGUGGCAGUUCUACCAGAACCGCAAGUGCUGUGAGAGCAACUUGGAGCCCCUGUUCGAGGGCUACAUCGAGACCCUGAGGAGGGAGGCUGAGUUUGUGGAGGCUGACAGUGGGAGACUGGCUGCUGAGCUCAACCACGCCCAGGAGGCCAUGGAGGGCUACAAGAAGAGGUGAGGGCAGUACGAAGAAGAAGUGGCACUCAGGGCCACUGCCGAGAAUGAAUUUGUGGCCCUGAAGAAGGAUGUGGACUGUGCCUACCUCCGUAAGUCGGACCUGGAGGCCAAUGCAGAAGCUCUGACACAGGAGAUCGACUUCCUCCGGCGACUGUAUGAGGAGGAGAUCCGAAUCCUCCAUGCCCACAUUUCAGACACCUCUGUCAUCGUCAAGAUGGACAACAGCAGAGACCUGAACAUGGACUGCAUCGUGGCUGAGAUCAAGGCUCAGUAUGAUGACAUUGCCACCCGCAGCCGGGCAGAGGCCGAGUCCUGGUACCGCACCAAGUGUGAAGAGAUGAAGGCCACAGUGAUCCGUCAUGGGGAGACCCUGCGCCGCACCAGAGAGGAAAUGAACGAGCUGAACCGCAUCAUCCAGAGGCUGACAGCCGAGAUUGAGAACGCCAAGUGCCAGGUAAAAAGCCCAACCCCCACCGCAUGCCCAGCAUGAGGAGAGAGUGCAGUCAGCUAGCAGGAGGCAGCUUCCCAAUGGGUGGGUUUAGAAGCCAACUCUAAUCUCAGCAGUUUCCCAUCGAAUGGGGACAAUGCCCCAUGUGGAGAUGCAGGGACUUUCCUAGUCCCCAGGCCAGAAUGAGGCUGAGAGAAUGUCAGUGGUUUGUAAGGUGCUGGGAAAUGAAUUCAGAAACCAAUCCUGGCACCCACAAGUCACGGGUUUGGGGUAAGCAAUUUAACAUCCAGCCCACCGUUCUAGGUCAGGAGUCACACACUCAGGCAAACGGAGGCUGGGAUGAUGAGCAACAGGCUAGUCCCAGGCACAAGAGGUAGCCAAUUUAAAAACACAAAGACCAGAACUGACCAGAUUCAAUAGGAACAGCUAAUGAGGGUGUGCAGGACAAACAUGGCGAGGCCUCUUAACUUUUUCAAAAGAAGCCAGAAUCUGCACCAGUAGGCUGGUGUCCAGAAUUGAAGACAUGGCACUGAGAAUAGGAACUUUUAGCAGUGAAUACUGGGACUUGGCCCUUGAACAUAGAACAAGGAACUUUAACAACCCUCCCUGCAUCCCAGAACACCAAGCUGGAGGCCGCAGUGACUCA